AUGCCUUUAUCUAUUGCCAGGAAACUUGGAUUUCAAGAGAUACAACCUACUAUAGUUACCUUGCAAUUAGUAGACAGAACAAUCAGGCACCCAGUUGGGAUUAUAAAGGAUGUUUUGCUUGAAGUUGGGCAUUUAUACAUUCAGGUAGACUUCAUUGUGCUCAAGAUUGAAGAUGAUGUUGAAAUUCCUUUUAUUUUGGGAAGACCAUUCUUAGCUACAGUUGGAGCACUUAUUGAUGUGAAGAAUGGCAAAAUAACUUUUAGAGUUGGAGAGCAGGAAGUGUUGCUACAAAGUGAUUUACUCAAUGAGGUUAAAGGUAGGUUUAUUCCACCACCUUCAACAGAGAAGGCACCAAUUCUUGAGACAAAACCACCACCACUUUCCAGCUAUCUUGAUUUGUUGUUGGACAGCAAGUAG